AAUCCAUUUUGCAGAACAAACAAACAACAACGCUUGCUACACACCCGUACGGUCUUUUUCCGAACAAUUUAGGCUGUUAGAUACUAGAAAACAUCUGAACGAUAGCAUCCUCCCUUUCUGCAAUACCAUCAACAUCACGUGCGUACCACCGCCAUGAACGUAUCCAUCGAACGGAAGCGGACCGAUUGUGCAGCUCUGCCGAAGGGCUGGCAGCGCGAAGAGGUGCUCCGAAAGACGGGCCUGUCUGCGGGGAAAGUGGAUGUGUACUACUACAGCCGUGCAAUGCGAUCGGACACCUCAUUGAUCCCACCAAUCAGACAAACUGCAUCGAUCUUCAAACAGCCGGUUACAGUCGUAAGAUCGCAGGAAUCGGAUAAUGCCAAAGCAAAGCGUGAACUACAGCACGGCAGCCAGGUGAAACCGAAGCAGCUGUUUUGGGAGAAACGUUUAGAGAAUCUCGGAGCCAGUAACACCCAUAACGAAGAGAUCGGAUCGAUCGAACUACCGAAGCGACUGCGACCGAUAGGGCCGGGUAUACGUGAAACGACGGUGCUGCAGUCGCUAGCCACUGCGCUACACCACAACACACUUCCCGUGACUGGACAGACGGCCUCGAAAACGUCGCUCAACACUAACGCGGGCGUUUUCACCAAUCCACACCAGCCGCUAAUGACGAACGUGACCAUCACGGAGGAGGACGUUAAGCGGCAGGAGGAGCGCGUGCAGUAUGCCCGGUUACGGCUACAGGAGGCGUUGCGUGCCUAAGAUCCUGUACCCGGUCGUAGCCGAUGGAGAAGUGAGACAGUACUGAUCUUUGGCGUUUCAUCUGCAUCGGAGCGGCAAACCAUCCGACAUGCUCGGUGCUUUGUCCACUUAAACCAACACACACCUACACUUUUACAUGGCUAGACGUGAUUCUUAUCUUUUUACCUAUGCGUAUAAGUAUGCAAGCUGAAAAUAAAUAAAAAUAUUGUACGACUUUCU